AUGUCGCUCGAACAUGCCCGCGAUGCCGUCGAUCUCGACUCCAGCAGUGAAAAUGUCGAAGCCGCUGUGGCUGGGUACGCACUGAGCGUGGCAUUGAUAUCUGAGGUUAUGGAGCGAGUUAGGGCAGAAAAUAGUACUGCUAAGGAAGAAAACCUCAUCCGGCUGCAAAAUCUUCAUGAUACCUACGGAGAUCGCAUGAGCAUUUUGUGUCUGAUCCAUAACCUCCAAAAACCCGAAAUAUCAUAUCAAGCGGCUAUAUUACUCACAGCAAACCACACAGAUCAUCGGUACUAUGAUCUCAGUCAGCCAGUUUCAACGGACUCCGAGAGUUUGACUUCGUACUCAGUUGCCUCCUCGCGUACAGAUGAGUCUGACUACGGUUUAUUUUACACACGAAGAGCUUUGUCACAUACGUCAGAGGAGUAUUGA